AUGUCGUCGGCGAUCCGAGAAUCCAAUGAGGAGUUUGAAGAUCAGUUUCGACUUCAACAGGAGGCUGCCGAGCGUGAAAAGCUCGCUGGUAGUCAGACCAAAAAAACACGCGUCGAUGAUGAUGGUACUGUAAUGGAAUGGGACGAGGAGAAGCGGGCAUGGUUCCCGAAAAUCGAUGACGAUUUUAUUGCAUCUUAUCAGAUGAACUUUGGUGUGCAAAACGAACAAGAGAGUGCCCACACAGCUUGGCGCCAAUUUGCCGCCCAAGUCGAAAAGUUAAAGGCCGAACGGGGGGAUGAGGAUGAGGAAGUGAAAAAGGCUGUUGCUUCUCUGGGUGAAUACUAUCGGUCGCCUGCUUAUAGGGCUUGGUACGAUGAGUACCAAAAGCGGCAGGAAGAUGCGAAAGAAGAGGAACGAGUGCGUCUUGAAACGAAACAUCGGCCGCAAAAGGUCGUGGAAGUUUCAGCAGAUGAUGCCUUGAAACGCGCUGAAGAGGAACAGAGGCUAGGUGUCCCGAUCGCCAAAUCGGAGACGGAAAAAGUAAAGGCUACUCAACCGGAGGGAGAAACCUCCUCAGACGGUCAUUCAAGGAAGAGGAAGAAGAAGGGUGCCCCAGAGUGGUAUGAGAUAACCGACGAUAAGAACACCCAUGUUUACGUGUCAGGUCUUCCGUCAACCAUAACGGAGGCAGAAUUCACGGCUUUGAUGUCCAAAUGUGGCAUAAUUAUGAACGAUCCGUUGACGGAUAAGUUGAGGAUUAAAUUGUACCGUGACGAGGAGGGUAAACCCAAGGGUGACGGUCGUUGCUGCUACAUUAAGAUUGAAUCAGUUGACCUAGCGCUGCAGAUAUUGGAUGGACUGCAAUACGAACCCGGCUACAUUCUACAUGUGGAACGUGCGAAAUUCCAACCCAAAAAGGAUUUUGACUAUACCAAACAUCGUCGGUUAACGGCAAAGGAGAAGAAGAAAUUUAAGCAGAAGCAGGAAAACCUCUUUAAGUGGAAACCGGAUGCAAAUAAACUCAUCCGGGGCAAGAAGGAACGUGUAAUCAUCCUACGAAGCGUCUUCGACGAGAAAGACCUUGGACUGGACGUCAGCCUUAUUCCGGAGAUUCGAGAGCGCGUGCGGACUCAGUGCGCCAAAGUGGGUGUUAUCAAGAAGAUUGUUGUCUACGAUACCAAUCCUGAAGGUGUAGUCUCAGUAACCUUUAGCACACCAGAGGAGGCAGACGUAGCGGUGGGCUUUCUGGACAAGGCUCUCUUCACCUACCGAGCACCAGCUGUCGAAGGCGCCAAUGACAGUGGAGGUCAGCGGACUCGACAGCUGCGCGUCGAGCGAUGGGAUGGGCGCGAGCGUUUUGAUAAGUGUGGCGAAAGUGCAGAGGCAGAGGCAGAGCGGUUGGAACGGUGGAAUCGAUUCAUUGGUGAAGAUCCCGAUGCUGACGAUGGCGACGGAGACGGUAGUGAGAGGUCUGGUGUUGAUGAUGUUGAAGCAACGGAUACGGAUGAAGAGCUGGAGGCGAGGUGUGGUGAUUCGGGUGCAGAAACGGAGUGA